UCAAUUAGGCGGUCGCAGUUAUUACCUAGAUAGUUUAAUCGAUCUAUACCUCUGUCAUUUUUAUUGGCGAGUUGCAACAAUGUCAUCGAAAAUUCUAACCAAGAGAAUUUCAUGCGCUGAGUUCAUGAAGGUGCCGCCACGAAAGCCCAAAGCUCGUCUCGGAUGCAGACACUUGCAGAUCUUUCUCAUGACUACCGGAUUCCUCUGCUGUUAUGCAAUGAGGAUAACGAUGUCAGUUGCCAUAGUGGCCAUGGUGGACGCCGAAUCCUCGAAUCCAGACUACGAGGAAUAUAAUUGGAGCAUGGCGGUACAGAGUACAAUUUUGAGUUCGUUUUUCUGGGGUUACGUUCUUACGCAAAUUCCCGGUGGAAUGAUAGCCCAGCGUUGGGGUGCGCGAAAUCUUUACGGAUACACCGUGUGCUUCUGUGCCAUAUUUAGUCUUGGAAUUCCACUUGCUGCUCGCUACGGUGGUUGGCAAUUGGUCUGCGCCUGUAGAGUCGCCAUGGGUUUGUGUCAGGGCGCUGUGCUUCCCAUUCUGCACACCCUUCUUGCCAAGUGGGCUCCAUUGGACGAGAGAGGCACUCUUGGAUCCUUCGUGUAUUCCGGGGGCUGGAUCGGCAAUGUGAGUUCCCUGCUGAGCAGCAGCUUCUUGGCAGCUUCACCCCUGGGUUGGCCUAGCUGUUUCUACUUCUGGGGCACUCUCAGCUUCCUCUGGAGCAUCAUCUGGAUGACUUUCGGUUCGGAAUCUCCAGCGGAGGACUCGAGGAUUUCUGAUGAGGAAAAAGAGUACAUUGAGGUCAGUUUGGGCGUAACGGAAAGUACCGAGCCAUUGAAGACGCCGUGGCUGGCUAUAGCGAGGUCUCCAGCUGUUUGGGCCAUCGCUAUGGCGCAAUGCGCACAAGCCUGGGGAUUCUGGACGCUCGUUUCAGAAAUUCCGUCCUACCUGAACUCCGUUCUAGAAUUUGACAUAAAAGAGGUGGGAUUGUACUCGGCCCUGUCUUACUUUACCGCAUGGAUUCUUGGUUUUCCUGUAAGCUUCGUCUCGGAUUACUUCAUUAAGUCGAACAUUAUAUCCACGACGACGUCCCGAAAGUUAUGUAAUACAUUUGGACAAUGGAUACCAGCGAUUGCUCUUAUCGGAUUGGGAUUUGUCAGGAGCGAUCAACAGGUUCUGGCUGUCGCAAUUCUUGUGGUUGCUGUAGGAACUAAUAUUGCUAUUUAUUGUGGCCACAAUGUUAAUCACAUGGAUCUCAGUCCAAACUUUGCAGGCACUUUAAUGGGUUGUAUCAAUGCUGUGGCCAAUAUAUGCGGCAUUGUGACACCAUUGAUAGCUGGUGCGAUAGUCACCGAAAAGAGUAAUAUACUACAGUGGCGAAUAGUUUUUACCCUGUCUGCGGGCAUUUACUUCCUGGGUAACCUGGGCUAUCUUAUAUUCGGCUCUGCCACCGUGCAAAAGUGGAAUGAUCUUGAUACAAAAACACGAGCCUAAAGCGGAAGGAUCGAGGAAAAUACGGAGCGUGACAAAUGUUUCUUUCAACCAAAGAAAUCAUCAUUCCUCGUUACAUUAAGGGAAAAACUAGUAUUGCUGUGCAUUACUACCAGUAUUCAAUAUUUAUUCCACAGAAAUGACAAUAUUGUAAAAAGUAACAAAUAAAUUACCUUCCCAGCAAAAGCGUUUCUCACAUUUAUACGAUUUUUACAUAAUUGCUAUGUAACGACAUAGAAUUUAUGUAGAUGGAAUGUGAUUGUUACAAAAUGUGUUUGCUGGGUUUAUUUACAAAAAA